UGCAAGCGUACCCUUCAUGGAUUGGGUUUUUUUUUUUUUUUAGUCCGGGAAUUUUACUUGACCACAUAUCGGGCAAGAAUGAACUUACAUCACAAAACCUGGAGACUAGAGAAAGGAACAGGGAAACAGGAAACAGGGCAAACAGGAUUCAGAGUAAAGGAAGAGACAAAGAACAGGGGAAUUCUACACUACCCUUUAUAUUUUCUCUCUUUUUGGUCUUAUUUUCUUCCUCCACUAUCUUCCUCUCAUACGCCUCCUUAAACAAUGGAAGCAACGGACAAGAUGGUGUGUGGACCGGUUGACGCCAUCAACUUCAUGAUUGCCACAAGCUUUCAGAUUGCCUGCAUUCAGAUCGUGUCCCACUUCCUCCUCUUCCUCUUCAAACUGUUGGGCCAAGCUGGACCUAUUGCCGAUGUGCCCAAUAUGAAGGACAUUACCCUUGAAGAGAUGAACAAGCUAUUCAGUCUGCGACUUGGCUUUUUUUUUUUUGGAGAAACAAAGAAGAACAAAAAUUCAAGAUAGUGACUACAAGGCUAUCUAAUACUCAAAAUAAUGGACUUAGUUUCCCAUAGAAGAGGUUUGCUAGAUUGUGAAGACAUUAAUUUCAUUAAAAUAAAAUAAUAAUAAUAAUAAUAAUAAUAAUAAAAGAGAAGGUAUUCA